AUGUUACCUGAUGACCAAAACCAGUCUCCGGCACUUCCGCGAAUUUUGAUUGUUGGCGCCGGUUCUCGUGGCAAUGCUUAUGCUCGAGCUGUGUCAGAGUCCGGCCAAGGCAUUGUAGUCGCCAUCGCAGAACCUAUAGCAUUCAAACGCAAUCUACUAGGAUCCAAGUAUAUCUGGGGCUCAAAGAACAGCCCAUCGGAUGGGCAAGAAUUCGAAGACUGGAGAGCCUUUUUGCAAUGGGAAACUAAUCGCCGAACUGAUGCUGCUGCCGGCCGCCAAGUCCCUCCAGGUAUUGAUGGCAUCUUCAUCUGCAUACUCGAUGAGCAGCAUGCCGAAGUCAUUACAGCCUUGGGUCAUUUGGCAAUCCAUACACUCUGUGAAAAGCCGCUCGCAACGACACUGAAGGAUUGUUUGGCCAUAUCAUCAGCCAUGUCUUCUCAACAAGGAGGUCAGUCAGCCAUAUUCGGUAUCGGACAUGUCCUUCGCUACAGUCCGCACAACAUGUUGUUACGAAAACUGGUUCUUGAGGAUCAAAUCAUCGGUCCUAUACUGUCCAUGGAGCAUACUGAACCAGUUGGUAAUUGGCACUUUUCACACAGUUAUGUCAGGGGCAACUGGAGAAAGGAGUCCACUACAGCCCCAUCGUUACUAACGAAAUCAUGCCACGACAUUGACUUCUUAUUGUGGAUGCUGUGUUCGCCCCCUCCCGGUACUAACCACCCUCCUCACGUCCCGGCAUCGGUGGCUUCGUUUGGAUCCCUGAAACAAUUCCAACAAUCUCGGAAACCUGCAAGUGCAGGCACUGCCACGAACUGUCUACGCUGUCCAAUUGAGAAGACUUGUACCUAUAGUGCUCCUAGGAUAUAUUACAACAACCAGCUUGCCAAGGGAAACACCGAUUGGCCAGUCAAUAUCGUCAACCCCGAGAUCGAAGCAUGCUACAAUGAUCAUGGCAAAGAAGCUGCAAAAGAGAUGCUGUUCAAGACGCUUGAAAUCGACUAUGAUAAGAGCACAUCACCUGAGGAGAUACACAAGCGUCCAUGGUUUGGCAGAUGUGUUUGGGAGUCUGAGAACGAUGUUUGUGAUGAUCAGUUCGUCCUUCUCUCCUGGAAUGACGAUCCCUUGCCCGGAACAGCCAACGCCGGUCUGCCUUGCCCUGACGGCAAUGAUCCACCAGCUAGGAUGGCCAAAACUGCGUCUUUCCACAUGAUCGCUCAGACCGAGAAGCAGUGUGAGCGGCGAGGCCGAAUCUAUGGCGAGAAGGGAGAGAUCUCAUACGAUGGAACCCUAAUCACUAUUUAUGACUUCUCAACCGGUCAGUUUCAGCAUCAUCAUCCGCAUAGACCUGGUGGAGGGCAUGGUGGAGGAGACUAUGGACUGGCAACACAAUUCCUCAAGGCCAUCAAUGCGGUGAAGUCCAAGGAAAUGUCCAUCGAGGAAGCCCAAACUACACACCUGGGAUGCACCUUGGAAGAAGUCAUUCGAAGCCAUGCUCUGGUAUUCGCAGCGGAAGAGGCUCGGCUUGAAAACAAAGUUGUUGACUGGCAGCAAUGGUGGGAUAAAGUCAAUGUUGCCGCCGAUGCUUCAACAUCCGAAACGCCGCAUAUCAACGCCCAGCAGUCUUGA